CAUGGGAAUAGUAGACUAACUAACGAAGUAAAUUACUAUACAGUAUCCGAACCAGUCACAAGUUCCCCGAGAUACAAUGUAAAUAUAGGUACAGCCGGCGGAAUGGCAACGUAUAGUUAAAUACAACAUAGGCAAACAAUAUUGCGAUAUUGCCAAGUGCGUGAAUUUAAAUAUUUAACACACAAUUGUUUGAAUAAAGGUUUACGAUAACAGAGGUUUACAUAAUAUGGUUUGCUUUAUAAUUGGGAAAAUCAUUUGUGAUAAAAUCGCAUUCGGUAAGAGCAGUACAGGCAUAUAUGUUUAAGAUUAAUAAAGGACCGUAUAGAGUUACAGUGAAAGUAUAUGCAACAGCUCUGGUACGAUGUGUGGUCUGUUAUAUAGUAGGUUGGGGUAGGAUUGUUUAUGUUUCUACUUUUAUCGACUAUUUGGUAGUAAACGAAGAAUAUUUACAGAAUUAUAUAAACGUAUUGCCACGAAUGAGUUUUGUUAGUGUUAAAAACGCAAUUGGAAAAUAUAGGAUACUAAGUUAACGGUAACCAUUUUACCCUACAGCGCAAUAUAUUCAAAUGUUGAGGCUCAAUAUUUUACACUAAGCAUAUACGGUUAAUAAAGGUAAAUAAAUGAAUUGACGAAGUACACCUUUUCUUUACAAAGCCGCCCAUAAUGGGUUGUGGGUAUGUCACGUAUGAGGUGUAAUUAAUAACAGUCGUUAACGGUAAGGGUUCAAGUGCUACAGACGUGAGUAUGCGAUUGCUGAAGUAAACGGAGUUCUACUUUAAACUUUCUGUCAGCGUUCGAAACGUCUUCGGACAAAAGAAAACGAACAAUACGCGAAACGAAAUCCUUUCGAAAGAAAAACACUGGAGUGUUAUUGUUACGAAAUAUUUCACAGCGCAGAUACAAUUGAGGUUACAACGCGAAUAAAGUCUUAUAUAUAUAUAUAUAUAUAUAUAUAUAUAUACCGAACUUGAAAGUAUUUGUUUAUUCAAUUUGCCCUAUCUAGAGAUUAGCGUCAUAAGAAAAUGAGCAAAUCUCGUGAGAGUGCCAGAAAGUCCAACGAAGACAACAGUUUUCUGCUUAAGGGAAAAGUAAAAGAUUUAGAAGCCGAAGUUACGAAACUUAAACAGAGACUUGAGGAUCUCAGGAAAGCUAAAAACAGCACAAUUGUUAAACGGGAACGGGAAGUUGUGCAAGUGGAGCAACCUAACCUUGGUAGAUCUGCUGGCGUAGAAACUUAUAAAUAUAAAGAACUUGAACGAAAACUUGCGGAAUCUGAACUGAGGAAUAAAAACUCCGUGCGUGAAUGCCAGGAGCUACAAGAUCGGGUUAAAGCAAUUGAAGAAGAAAAUGUUAAGCUGGCUAAAGACCGGGAUAUGUGGAAGUCGAAAUUCGAGCAGGGGGAGAGAGAUUUUGGGUUGGUGAGAGAAACACACGCAGCUGAAAUGGAGAGGAUUAAAGCGGAAUGUCGAGAAAAAAGCGCGGCUGCUGAUGACGCGAAUACGGAGUUGGAAAGAUUGAGAGAAAGAUUGGAGAUGAAGGCGAUGCAAGAAGAAAAUAAACACAAAGAAAAUCACGACAGGGAGGGAUUUAUAAACGGCCUAAUGAGCGAAAACGCUGAUUUGAGAACAAAAAUUGAAUCCUUAUACAACGAACUCAGCGUGAAGGAAGCGAAAUGGUUGGAAGCCUCAGAUCGAAUGAAUCAAGACUUGCGAGAAAAGUGGGACACCAAGUAUGCUGCAUGGAUGACGGAGACCGAGAGACGAAUUAUUGAAUUAAAAGAAGCGAAUUUACUGUUAAAAAGUGCAUUGUCUAAGGGGGGACCUAAACCUACAGAGGGGAAUGAGGCGCUGGACUGAUAGGGAAUUUGAAUAAAUGAAAUUUUAAAGUGCAA